AUGGCAACAAUUCUGGCACCAACAUUUUCAGGUAAUCAUGAUGAGGAUAUUGAUAUUUUUAUUAGUUGCUUUUCUGCAUAUUUGGCUGGUAUAGAUGUAAAUCCAGUAGGUGUAGCCCGAGAUAGAGCUUUUGGUAUUCUACGGGGAUGUUUAUCUGGAUCAGCAUUAGACUGGUUCGAUCGAAAAAUUCUUGGUAAACGAUGGGAGCUUCAUAACAUUCUCGCAAAUCAUGGACAAGCUAAUAUAGCUGGUGUUCAAGGACGUACCAUGGCACAAAUGAAUAAUACUAAUAUAGGGAACUCGAUGGUUCCAGCAGAAGCUUUUAUAGAAGAUUGGCAUUUAGCCGAGGGCCGUUCAUCAGAUAGACCCGUCAAUGCAAUGAAUGCUGCUAAUAAUAAUCCUAUCAUAUUUGAUAAUAUACGGAUCGGGCAGGCUUUAUAUUGGUUAAAGAAUAAGUACCCCACAGUACUUAGUAAGAAACAUAAUCUAGUGUUUGGAUCAUUGGCUCAGGGUGAUGAUCCUUUAGGAGUAUUCUAUUCAAAACUUAGAAAGUACAGGAAAAUGUUAAACCAUGAUGAGGAGCAAAUCAAAGGCCAGUUUUUACGUGGCUUGUUUCCUGAUCUAGAGGAUGAUGCGGAGCGUAUUGGCACUGAACAACCCUUAGAAGAUCUUUUUACUACAUUAGAACGAAUUGAAACACGCAGAUUGGAAAAAAGACUGGGUUUAGUUUCUAAAAUACCUCAGUCUGGCUAUAAGCCAUCAUCCAAAUCUCGGGAAAAAGAUUAUUACUCCAGCGAUACGGGUAUGACCGAAGCUAACGUCAGAAACUUGGUAAAAUCUAUAAUGUCUGAACAAUCACAACCCGUCUCGCAAACCAUCUCUUCUAAGUCCCAGGAUAACCAAAUCACACUUUCACAAGAUGAUUUCAAAAAGAUUGUAGCUGGUUUGAAGGGAGUUGUUGCUAAAGGACAGCAAACUUUGAAGAAAUCCUCGGGACCAGGAAAACAAAAAGCAGAUAUUAUUACUAUGAACCAUUUUUUAGAUGAAGCUAUAGAUAAUACCAGUCUACCGGGAGAAAAAUAUGACUAUGACCCUAUAGAAGAUUUGAGAUUACAAUUUGAGCAGUUAGGAAUUAACCAGGCAAAAAUGGCUCGAGUAAUACAUGCUGUUUCAAAAUUAUUACAAUAUAAAUGCUCAAAAUGUGGUAAACCAGGUCAUACAGUAAUUCUCGUAAUUGUCCUGGAAAUAAAAAGAAGAGCAAGUCUGAUCAUUCUAACAAAAGCAAAUCUGGUCGUUCUAGCAACAAGUACCAAAGGUGCUAAAAAAAAACGUAUGAGUUAUGAGGAGUUGAAAAAAUCGCUAUAUGAGGUACUCGCAUCCAAGGUUAAAUUAAUGGAAUUUAAUAGAAAAUUGCAACUUCAUAUAAAUAAGUCCAAGAAGGUUACCAAUAGUGAUAUAUUAUAUGGAAUGCAAAACACUUUAGAAAAAGCAAAGAUAGAUUAA